UCCAGAAAAGCGGCGUCUUCCACUGGGGGCUUCACUGAGGGCCUUCUCUCCACCCCUGCUGCACUCUCGCGUGGCCGCUCUCUCUCUCUAUCCCCUCCUUCCUCCCUUUUCUUCACUCUCUUUGGCCAUCCUCUUUUUCUCUUCUGUCACCGUCCAACCCCCUUCCUCUCUCUCGCUGUGUCUCCCGUUUAUUUUGUUGCGGUGGUGGUGGUGGUGGCGGCGGCGGCGGCGGUGGUGGUGCUGGAGUAAUGGCGGACAUUAGCCAUCCACCAAUGGAGCAGCUCCAAGACCUGGAGUACUGCAUAGACUCCAACCCUCCAUGGAUUGAAACUAUUUUGCUGGCUUUUCAAAACUACAUCUUGAUGCUUGGCACUACUGUGAUGAUUCCUUCAAUUCUUGUUCCUCUAAUGGGGGGAAGUGAUGGUGACAAGAUUCGGGUCAUACAAACUUCAUUAUUUGUGUCUGGCAUCAACACCCUUUUGCAAGCGUUGUUUGGAACACGUUUGCCAGCUGUUGUGGGUGGUUCUUUUGCUUAUAUUAUACCAAUCCUUUAUAUAAUACGUGACUCAGCACUGCAACGAAUUCCUGAUCCACAUGAAAGAUUCCUACAAACCAUGCGAGCUAUUCAAGGAGCACUUAUCAUAGCAUCAAGUUUACAAAUAAUAGUUGGCUACAGCCAGUUGUGGGGUAUCUUUUCAAGGUUCUUCAGUCCUCUUUCUAUGGCACCUGUGAUUGGAUUAGUUGGUUUAGGGCUGUUUGAACGAGGUUUUCCUGCGGUAGGAAACUGUGUGGAAAUUGGUAUACCGAUGGUUCUAAUGCUCAUUGGGCUGUCACAGUAUUUGAAGCACUACAGGCCAUUCCGGGAUAUUCCCAUCUUUGAGCGCUUUCCAGUUCUAAUCUGUGUCACAGUCAUUUGGAUAUAUUCUCUUAUUCUCACAGCAGGUGGUGCGUACAAUGGUAGACCCAUCAGAACUCAAGAUAGUUGCCGCACUGACAGAGCAAACCUCAUAUCAUCUGCUCCUUGGUUCAAGUUUCCAUAUCCUUUGCAGUGGGGGGCACCAACAUUUGAUGCUGGUCAUACUGUUGCCAUGAUGGCUGCUGUUUUAGUGUCACUUACCGAGUCAACUGGUGCAUACAUGGCUGCCUCACGCCUAGCUAUUGCCACUCCUCCUCCUGCUUAUAUUUUGAGCCGAGGCAUUGGCUGGCAGGGGAUAGGUGUAUUGCUCGAUGGUUUAUUCGGAACAGGGACAGGCUCUACUGUUUCUGUGGAGAACGUGGGGCUUCUUGGGCUAACUCGAGUUGGCAGUCGCCGAGUUGUUCAGAUAUCUGCUGGAUUCAUGAUAUUUUUCUCCACCUUAGGAAAAUUUGGAGCUGUUUUCGCAUCAAUUCCAUUCCCCAUUUUUGCUGCUCUAUAUUGUGUACUUUUUGGCCUUGUUGCAUCCGUUGGGAUAUCGUUUCUUCAGUUCACCAAUAUGAACUCUAUGAGAAAUCUCAUCAUAACAGGGCUCUCGCUUUUCCUUGGGAUUUCUGUUCCCCAGUAUUUCAAUGACACUCUGGUUUCUUCUGGUCAUGGCCCAGUACAUACGCGUGCAGGAUGGUUUAAUGGGUUCUUAAAUACCAUAUUUUUGUCACCUCCAACUGUGGGGUUGAUCGUCAGUGUAUUUUUGGACAACACAUUGGAUGUUGAGAAGUCCAAAAAGGAUAGAGGCAUGCCAUGGUGGGUAAAAUUCAGAACAUUCAGAGGGGACAACCGGAAUGAGGAGUUCUAUACACUUCCAUUCAAUCUCAACAGGUUCUUUCCACCCACCUAGCAAGAGCUCAGUACUGUUGGAAUCUCCAAGUCCCCUCAUUUUUGUGAUGUAAAGAUGAGCACCAGUAUAUUCUUCUUCAACCAAGGCAGCUCAUGAUCCCGGGUUUUCGGAAAGUCUCAAAGGUGCAAAUGUAUGUUUUGGAUGUGAUCUUGAUUGGCUGGCAUUUGCUGCCCUGUUCAUCUUGCUUAUGCUUCCAGCAUCUCUUGUACUUGUGGUAGAUCUAUGAAUUGUCAAAAGUAUGAGCAAUUAAUCUAUAUGCUUUGUAGGUUUUUGAUGUAAUAAGAGAUAGGAUGAUAACAUGAUUUCAUUUUUAAAGUUCUUUCUU